CCCUUGUUUUGGUUUACGUGAAUUUUGAAAAUUCAAACCCGAUCGUUCAGCAUACUAUAGUUAAAUUAUUUGACAUGGAUCUCAAAAGAGUGGCGAAUCCAGAUAAAUUGGAUUUAUGUAGAACUUAUUACAAAGGAGGAUUUUUCUGUUUACCAUUUCUCUGGAUUGUCAAUUUUAUCUGGUUUUUCAAAGAUGCUUUCAUUAAAGAGGAGUUUCCACAACAAAAACAAAUGAGAACAUAUAUUAUUCAUUCAGCAAUAGGAUCUGUGGUGUGGCUAGCCAUUAUAGCAUCCUGGGUGGUUGUAUAUCAGAUAUAUAGACCUAUAUGGCAGCCAUUUGCAGACUAUAUUGCAUUCAUUAUUCCAAAAGGGAUUCCUUGAGUGAUCUAAUUUGACAAUUACUAUAAGAACGCUUUAGCCUUAUGAUGUAUAAUUCUCAUUCAACAGUUACAGUGGUAGUUACUUGUACUACAUGUUGUCAUCAUAGGAAACAUGGAGACAAUGUGAUCACUGAUGUAACCCUAUUGUGUCAAACUGAGUGUAUGGUUUCUGCAGCUGAAUCACAGUCAUUAAUGAUUCAGCACAAUGUUCAAUAUGAUUUGUGAAAUUUCCUUUUGCAUACAUUUUAAAUUGACCCCUAAAAAAUAAAGCGGUUAACUGUAAUUAACUUUAAUAGAUGAUGACAUGGAAUCUGGUUGUGUGGUGCAAGGAGCCAGGAGGUGACAAUCUGUGUGUGUGUUCUCCUCUACAUGGUAUUUCUCAAACUAGUCAGUGUAUUUCACGACUCCAUGAAUUUAUGAUGUUUCCAAGCUUUUAACACGUCACUUCCUGAAAGCCUGUAGGGAUAGCUAAAAUGAAUGAGAAAAAUAAUGUCAGCAGGCGUUAUGUUAACUAUAUAAACCCGGAGUAUAAUUAAAUAUGGGGGUCAACAUUUAAAUGGUUUAGCCUAGCUCUACUGGCACAUCUGCAUU